UAGGAUUUUUAAUGAGGACAAUUCAAAAGAGAGAAACAUCUGAGGGCGUUGAUGUAAACCUAAGUUUGCAUAAACCUAGUAGUUUGAAAUCUUAAAAACAGGCAAACCAUUCAUCAAAACAUACAGUAAAUUAUCAAAAGUACUUUGGAUCAAGGCAAUUUAUUAUUUUUAUACAAUUUUUUCGGAGAAAUCAACCAAAAAAGGGUCUACAGCAAUGUUAAUGUUGGAACAAGCUGUUGAUAGACAGUUUCCUCCAUCAUUUUUUCCUUGGCGGGGAUUUGCGCCUUUCAGACAGUAGUUAGCGACAAAAAUGUGCAAAACACUAAAAGGCACAAAUGAUAAAUGACUUACCAUUUUGAAAUCAUAAGUGAAAUCAUGUCCACGAAAGAAAAAAAAAAAAAAAGGCUGUUCAGGAAAGCCGCACGCAUUUGUCCCAAAAACGACUGCACCAAAUGGAUGCGACAAACAUAUGUAAAGAAAAGACGGGUAAAGACGAUUAGAAAUUCCCCCCAAUCUACUUCUCUUUUCUUUGUUCUAUGUUAAUUUUGUAAAAUGUAUAAAAAACUUAUUGAAACCAAAAAAUGUUAUGCGUAACUAUUAUCCUGCAUACAUGUAUUUACACAGCAUGUAUUUAUAUGUGUAAACCAUAAAAAUCUAUCACAUUGAAGUCAGUUUUUAAAACAAUAGUCAUGACUUAUAUGAAUUUUAGUUGAAUACAAUUGUACAAUAACACUAUUGAUGGUAUUGUAGAACUAUCGGCAAAGUUUUACAAAACACAACACCUACUGUGUUGACCACUUUCUGAAAGUCAUCAGAUUGUUGUGGUCAUUAGGAGGAUGACGCAGCAGAAAUGUACAUGGGCGGACUGCAGGAAGGUCACUAUAUAAAGGACACUCAGUGGCCAAGCUGCACAGCACCCUGCAAGAGAUUCAUCUCUACAAGCUCCAACCCAACAACAACAAUGGUGCACUGGACUUCUGAGGAGAAAGCCGCCAUUACCUCCACCUGGGACAAGGUCGAUGUUGAACAGGAUGGUCAUGAUACCCUGACAAGGCUGCUGGUCGUGUACCCCUGGACCCAGAGAUACUUCAGCAGCUUCGGAAACCUCUCCAAUGUGACCGCCAUCUCUGGCAAUGCCAAGGUCCAUGCUCAUGGCAAGAAGGUACUCUCCGCUGUUGGUGGCGCCGUCCAUCACUUGGAUCAUGUGAAACAUCACCUGGCUGCCCUUAGCAAGACCCAUGCCGAGGAACUCCAUGUGGACCCCGAAAACUUCAAGCGUCUCGGAGAAGUUCUGAUCAUCGUUUUGGCAUCCAAGUUGGGAUCUACAUUCACCCCUCAGGUCCAGGCUGCCUGGGAGAAGUUUGUCAAUGUCCUGGUUGCUGCUCUGAGCCACGGCUAUUUCUAA